AACAAGCAAAACAAUGUCGGUUAAUUAACCUAGCAACCAGUUCUCCUAACAAAAAUAAACCUUAGAUAAUUAGGAUUUGUUUUCGUUAACAAACGAGAACUGGCAAUAAAUAAAUUACCAUAUCAUCGAUAUGUUGAAGACUGUGUUUACAAUUAAUCUUAAUGAAAAAAUUCAACCAGGCCAAGUUGCAGUUGGUAAAUUUGAUGGGAUCAACCCAUGUAUUGUGGCGGUAACAACUAGUGAUAAGGUUCUUCUUCAUAAUCCUCUUCGUCGAUCUCAGCAAACAAGUGAAAGACGUUGGAGUCAACCUUCAGCAGGAACUGAUGUUACUUUUCUCAAUGUUAACCAAACAAUUCGAUCACUUACUGUUGGCUGCCUUAAAACAGAUUCAGAGGCAGAUGUUCUGGUUCUAGGAACACCUAUCAGUAUACUUACCUAUGAUGUAAUGAACAAUGUUGAUAUCUUUUAUCGUGAGAUUCCUGAUGGAGCGAAUGCUCUCGUUGUCGGAAAGAUUGGAUCAAUUGAAAGUCCUUUGGCUAUAGCUGGUGGUAAUUGUGCUAUCCAAGGGUUUGAUGCCGUUGGUAAUGACUGUUAUUGGACAGUUACUGGGGACAAUAUAACAACUUUAGCUCUUUGGGAUAUUGAUGGUGACCAACAGAAUGAGUUGAUUGUUGGUUCUGAAGAUUAUGAUAUUCGCGUUUUCAAAGAAGAGUCAAUAUUUCUGGAAAUGUCAGAAACAGAUUCGAUUAAAUGCGUUUGUCCUCUGAUUGGAGACUGUUUUGCUUAUGCACUAGUUAAUGGUACAGUUGGAGUCUAUUCCAAGAAAGAACGUCUUUGGCGGAUAAAGUCCAAAAAUCAGGCAAUUUGUAUUCUUGGGUUUGAUGUUAAUAAUGAUGGACGACCAGAGUUAAUCACUGGAUGGUCAAGUGGUAAAAUAGAUGCUCGUAACAUGGAGACCGGUGAAGUAAUUUUCAAAGAUAAUCUCAACUCUUCCAUUGCGGCAAUAAUGACAGCUGAUUACAAUCUCGAUGGUGUAGUUGAAUUGGUUGUUAUCAGUGUAUCAGGAGAAAUCAAAGGAUAUCAAACCAAUUCAGGAACCGAAAGACCUCAACCCGUCUUAGAUAUAACAUAUGAACAAGAAACUAUAAGAGAUUUAAUGAAACGAAAGCAAAAUUUACUCCUCGAGCUUAGAAACUAUGAAUCCAAUGUGCAAUUCAGUUCAUCAACAGAACCACUAAUUCAUGGUAAAGCCUCGACUGAAGACGAUCAUUAUGGAGCCAUUCCUGCGGACACCCAAUUGAAAUCAGCUUUGAUCCUCAACAUUGAAGAUAGUAAGCCUUCCGUUGACCUGACUCUUCAAACAACUAAUGAAACAAUCAUAAGAAUGGUGGUUAUUUUUGCUGAAGGAAUAUUCAAAGGAGAAAGUCAUGUUGUCCAUCCUCCUGAAUCUGAAGUUUCUGGUACACUAAAUAUUCCCUUAAGGCCUCCAAAAGAUAUGCCAAUUGAUUUACAUAUUAAAUCAAUUGUAGGUUAUAAAGGAAGUUAUCAUUUCCAUGUGUUCGAGUUGAGUCGACAUCUACCUCGUUUUUCAAUGUAUGCAUUACGGAAGAACACCAAUUUCCCAGAAUCAAGUAAACCUAAAGGAUGGGUUAAUUUUAAUUUAGGUGAAAAAGUCAGUCGGAUUUGCCUUUGGCUGAAUCGAAAUUUUUUACUGGUCGAAGAAUUUGAAUAUCUCGAAAAUUUAGAUGUAACCUUUAUCUCUCUUCGUGACAAUAAGCUGCUCAUAUUUGAAAUGGAUGGUAAAUCGGGAAGCUUCACUAUUCGAACCAACUCUAUGGAGAUUGCGGGUCAAGUUGUUCAAUCCCUUGCAGUUGAAUAUCUCAACUUGCCUGACCUCAGCUCAACUGUUGAUUUUCCUGGAGAAAUCGAAAAUUUGAAAAAAUUGAUAACAAAAGUGGAAGAAAUGCAAUCAGUAAGAGCUUCAAUCGAUGCUGACAUUGCUGAAAAUUCAGUUGCUGUACGUUCAUUGGUUGUGCGUUCAGAAGAUGCCCGUUUAUUGAGAGAAUGGAAAAUGGUUAAACAACUGUAUAUGGAUUUAAAUGUACUCAAUCGUGAACUAAUUCAUGAGUAUCAGAUUCGAAGUCACAACCAUCAAGAUCUGGUUGAUAGUUUGAAACAAAUAAAUGUUAUUAUCCAAAAAGCGGCCAACUUGAGAGUUGGUCCUUCAAAAACCAAGAUUGUACAACUCUGUCGACUGGCCAUCAAAGAUAACAAUUUGAAUUCAUUAGCUCGUAUCAUUUGUCGAGGAGAAGCUUGAUCAAUGAAUUGUUUCACCUAAAUUCAAGAGAUCCGGAUCCAUUGACUCAGUGCAAUAAUCACCAGAAUGUGAUGUUUCUCAUGUCAACCAUUCACUGUCGUUGGUCAAGUAACAUGAAAUAGUCGGUCAACAAGUCCUAAAAUAGAUUAAAAUUUUGGAACAAUCAAGUUAAUCUUCAAUCAAAGCCAGUUAUUCAUUGCAAUAAUCAACUUGCUCGUAUUGAUUAUUUCAUUUUACCGUCGAUCCAACAACCAUUAUGAUACAUAAUAAUGGAUUUUAAUUGUUUAAGUUCAUUGACAUCUCAAUCUAACCAUGUGAAAUGUAUUAUUGAUUUGAAAUCAAAUCAUAGGCAAUUGUUUGGCUAAUAAUUAUUGACACGCAAAAAUCAAUUGGAAAACAAAAAUCUGGGAAAUUUAACCCUUUUCUUGCUACAUGCAAUAUCAAUGUUUAACAAUGGAUUUAAUAGUCUAAAAAUGGAUCAAUAUUAUCUAUUAAAACCGGAUAACUUGUUGCAACAAUUACAUUAUCAUCUAAAAAUCAAUGACUAACACCUGAAUAACAAACUGGAAAGCAACAAUGAUUCAGUCAACCAAACAUGCACACACAAAAAAAGAGCUCAACUCAUUUAAUUAUCAUUAGAUCUUAAUACAAAUGUUUUUUUUCUUACCUUAAAAAUAAACCUUUAACCAAA